AAUUGUUCAACUACAGGUAUGUAUUCACUAUACAUUGCAGAAAAGGCAGAGGAGGCGCUUAUUCUUUAAAAGAAUCUGUUGCACAUUUUUGUGUGUUGCAAGCCGUACUGUUAUUAGCAUAACGAAACGCCCAUUUUGUUAAUUGAACGAAGAGUUUGAGAGAAAGCGAGAGAAUGUGAAGUCACAUCUUUCUGCACGCCGUAGGUUUUCCUUUGUUGAAGUAGCGUUGGUGUUUGACACGUUGGCAGCCUUGGGCAUCUGCUUGAGGUAGAAAGCUAAAUGACGACUGUUUGACUGUUUAAUGCCUUGGCGACAAUAUGUUGGGCGCACUCUUGCUGAUUCUAACUCCCAUAAACGGGUUGUGUUUGGCUUUCGGCUCGUGGAUGACAUAUUUAUACUGUUGGAUGUUCAGUAUCUGGGUCCUGAAUUUUUUUUCUGGAAGUUAUUUCUGGAGGGAAGUCUGCGAAUCUGAGCAGAUCUGCACAAAUGAUGAACCAGAUCACAUUGAAGUGACAAAAAAGCAAGAUCUACAUUCUGUGCCAGAUUGUGUUGACACUGGCAUAAUCAAUCAGGUGGCACAACCAGAACAUUCUUCUUACCUUAAUGUAAAAGCAUCUCUUGAAAAAGUGUUUGAUUGCUUGUACAAUCAGCUAUUUUUACCUUGUUACAAUGAUCCCAAACCUGACAAACAGGACCAAGUGUUAUAUUGUGUGCUACAGAGAAAUUUCACUAGAAUCAUUGAUCAUGUCAUUGAAAGAGCUACACACAUUAACCUCCAAGCUACAGCUGUGGAUUUCAUCAGAAUUGUGACGUCACAUUUGAAGGACAUCAAGCGAAAUCCCAGGAGAAUGCCAAGCUUGAUGAGACAUGAUGAGAUUACCUUUUUGAGAAUGUGCUCUAAGACUUUCAUUUCUGAUCUGCCUGUUCUCGAUCGUCAGGUGAAUGAUGUUCAAGAAUUGCUGACCGAAAUUUUGGCAUUUAGAGUGCAAUCCAUUGUAAAUUUGAUGUCAGAUCCAGAUUUUAUCAACCAGCGGCUUAUCAGUUUCUUGAGUGACUCUGAAUGUGAAAUGUCAGAUCAGCAGCAGUUUACAGUAGAAAUGCAUGGCAACUUUCCACAGGAGAUAGGAGAUGGAACUGAGCAAAUACCACCACCUGAAGAGCAGGUUAAGGUUGUGCCAAAGAAGAAACCUAAAGGAAGAUUUAAGAAGAUUGUGAAAUGCAAAUCUGCACUAAAUAGAUUAUUCAAAAGUAAACGUAACCGUGCAAAACCUGCUCAGCUUUCAGGUACAUGUAUGCUUCAGGAUGCUGACAUCGUGUGUGAUGGCAUGGAAUCUACUGAUAAUCCCAAUUAUCAUUUCCGUAGCUGUAAUAUGGAACAUUUGAAUAUGUCUUUUACUGAGGAUGGUGACAUCGAUUGUAAUAGUGUGAAAUCUGCUGAUAGUCUUGAUUUUAUUCAUUCUGUCUGGCAAGAGGAAAGUUGGACGAUGACGGUUACUGAGGUGUCUUUGGAACAUAAAGAGGUCUUUUGCACACUUCGCCUCCAAAAAAGAGAUGGCAUUACUUACUUGGAUCUGAAAAAGUCACUGAAGGAUCUAGAAAAUCUUCAGAGAAGUACUAACCAGGUUUCUGUUCCAAUAUUCAAUUAUGAUCUUUGCACGAUCCAAAGGAACCUACCUGAUAAUGAGUUACUAGAAGAAGCAAAAGCAGUGCUUAAUACAUUCUUAUCGAAUUUGAAUGAACAAGAACAAUACAGAAAUGAGAUAUUUGAGUUUCUAUUUUCUGAAGAGGAAAGAGUGGAGAUGAACAACAUUUUAGGUGACUUGUUUUUCAACAAUGACUUCGCAAGUGAAGACACUGAAGAUGAAAAUGAAGAUGAAAUACAGAGCAACAGCUCACUAAAUUGCAAUUCUGAGGAUGAAUUCAGUCAAGAGAAUGACCUGGAAACGGAUGCUGUGCCUUGUUUUGAAGAGAACCGGCUGCAGUUUAGACCAAUGAUGUCAGCUUAUUGUGUACAAUCCAAAAGGUUAUGUUUAAAAGAGUCGUCUCCUAGAAAAGCAAAACUAAGAAAAAAACAGCAUUAUGUUGAUAAAGAAAGACCCUUGGAAAAGGAAGCAUUCAGUGCAGUACUUGACCUUGUCAAACAAAUAUGUGAUUCAAAACUGGCCUGUAUAAUUCUGUUUGUUGCGGAGAACCUUAGAAAAAUUUCUGAAAAAUUCACAAAUAUAUGGAGUCAUGUUAAUGUUGAUGAGAAAAUAAUUGAGUCAUACAUUGACUCUCUUAGAGAUACACUCUGGCCUAAUGGUUUGCCACAAGAAACCUAUCCUGAAAGAAGACCUGAAGAGAAAUUAAAAACCAAAGAACAAGUACAGAAUUUGCUUCAUGAAAAGUUAAUUACUUACAGUGGUAAUAAGGUUUAUGUUUUAAUGAAAUUAAAACAUAUCACAGAGGGGCUUGUGUUUCUUCAAAAUGCUGAUGACAACAAGAUACUGCUUUAUAAACUGCUGUUUCGUUUCUUAAAUAUAUUCAUACCAGAAAACAAAAUUCUGUCAACUGAAAACAUUCCCUGGAUAAAUGCUGAAGACUACAACCAACGAAAACCAAAAUGAGCAUCUUAUCUGUGCCAAAGAUAGCAUUCCGCUGUACCUACGAGGAAAUAACAACUGCUGCAGUACCUCUCACGAGGGAAAUACAACACUCUACUGCUACAGGCAGGUGUGAACACGCAGUAUGUGUUAAAAAGUCAUAGGGAUUCCCAGCAUGUUUAAAAUGGCAAAAUUGUAUAUGUUAACGUUAUUUUAUGAAAUAUACAAAUUUCUUUAAAGUUUUAUUUUUACUGUAAAUUUUAAAAAUAUGUAAACUGCUAUUCAAGUAUAUUAAUUUUGUUAAGUAUAUGUUGAAUUCUCUUUUAUAACAAAUAAGAAUGUUAUAAAUAUAUUUUACAUUACACAUUUCUAUUGAAAAGAAUCACUGUUGUUAUUUCUUUGUGUUAAAAAAAUAAGUGUACCAUGUGUCCACAGUAUUAGGUGCACUUUGUUGUGGAUAACUUGGCAGUGACUGAAUUAUUGUGGCAAAAAAGACCAUGAGAUGAAAAACUGACCAAAUGAAAAUGGAACAUCUCUGUCAGAAAGCAGGCAGAGGUCAAAACCUGGAAAUCAAAAAGAGAAUCGAAUGUCUAAACCCAAUGUACUUAAUGCAGUCCAAGGAGGCCGGCAGUUUUUAUUCUAACCAAGACUUACUUUUAACUGGAACGGCCAUCUUAAUUAAGCAUAUUCUUCAUUAGACAGAAUACUACAUUAAAAAGUAACACAAUAAUAUUAACUUUUCAAGGAAUUAAAACAUGGCAUUUUCUACACCUUGGGACUUUGCUUUAUUUGGAAAUGCUAUGGUUAUUUAAGCAGUCAACUGAUAAUGAUUUUACAGGGGAAAUGUUAUUAAAACAGCCAUUUCUCUUUAGCAUGAAGUGCCUGUUUCCUUUUUUUCCAGUUAUUUUUAGUGAAAUUGAAAGUGAAUUACUGUCAGGUAACAAAGAACAGACAGAGAUGCAGAUGACAGCAGCAGCUAUUUCACUGCUCUUUCUGCUUUUGUGAUCAUUAGCCAUCAAUUUAAAAAGACAAAUAUCAAAGAAACGAAAGCAGCCAAAUCCUAAAUGGAAAGAUCAAUUCAACUUAGUCAUACUUAUUAAAUUUCUCUUUAAAGUUAAUCAACCCUGUUUUGCAUUUCUGGAUUGACACAAUAAAAUUUGAAACUGGCAAAUAACUGGAUAUUGAAGUAAUACAGGAGUUCGAUUCAUUUAAAAAUUGGUUGGAAUAAAAACAUGCAACCAGUGCAGCCUCCACGGACAGAACUGAGUAGCAUGGGUUUGAGCCAAAAGAGCGAAAAGUAAACCUGGAGACAAAGUAACAGAAGUAUAGAGUGAGGAACCAAAAGUAACUAUGAACUAACUAGAGAGUUACUGCUUCUAACUAUACCAGAGAGAACUUCUUUAGUGUUUCUUCAAUCCACCACGGUACAUAGGAGAAGCUGGGUGCCACCAUUUUAUAGCAGAAGCUCAAUGACUUUACACAAUGUGUCACCAAGGAUCCCAUACUAGUAACAGGUCCAAAGGUACUACAAAAUGGCAACCAAAAUAUGACAGUAAAAAAAAUGUAAUUAUUUAAAUCGCAAAGAAUUCAUAAGAAAUCACAAGCUCAAAAUCAGAAUUUUAUGCAUGAAACUAGUGAAUUGGUUCUUUAUUUUGCCUCAGAAGAGCUGGAUCUGUCAGGCCAUGUCAGAUGUCCAGCAAAAGUACACUGGAUACAUGUCACAUACAGUACUUGUUGGAUCUUUUGCUAUAAUGGGUGCAUGGCUGAAAUAAAAUCAGGGAGCUGAGGAAUCCACUACAUUGAACAGAAUUUACAGUCAUGUUUCAGUAACUAUUUUGAAACUUUACUACCAAGUUACAAGGAGCAAAAUCUGUGAAAAGGCCCAUCUAGAGAUGGGUUCUUUAUUACCAUCUGCUGUAAAAUCAUUAGUAACAAUGUUUAGAAAUUUAGCACUUGUAGUUGUUUGUGUGUGUAUGCCACUCGUGGAGACCUAAAGUGUGCUAUGAAAAUACACCCCUUCAACAUUAAAUUGCCAUAUUGAUUUUGUGA